GAAAAUCUAUGCACUGAGAGUUGACUUUAACAACACGGAAGUUUAAGAACAGAAAAAUGUCUGAAAUCAUGAAGAAAUUCACUCCACGCGACAAAGGUAUUAAACUGGUGUCAAAACCGAACGAUAUCGAUGAAUAUGAUGAUGAUCCAGAUGUUUUAAGGGCUGUGUUAUCCUGUGGUCAUGUCACAGAUCCUAAUUCACUGACAGAUUGUUGCAAAACUCAGCUGGACAAUGGACAGACUAAAUUUAAAUGCCCACUGUGUGAGGAAGCAUGGCCAUAUGAUGAAGUGCGAAAACUGGCAAAACUUUCAAUUGAUGAGAAACGCAGUUUUGAGGAAAAGCUUGGGACGAACACUGUUAAGAAUUUAGUUGACUUCAGGGUUUGUCCUGGUUGUAGCACUUUUGUUGAAAGGUUGGAUGUUUCCAAUCUCUGCGUGGAGUGCCCAGUUUGCACAGAAAAGACUGGAGAUUCCUAUGAAUUUUGCUGGAAUUGUUUAAGAGAGUGGAAAGGAUCUCAUAAUCGUGCUGACCGAUGUGGUAAUGUGGGAUGUACCAUUGACAAGAAACUGCUGAAAGACUGUCCAAUGAUCUCUUUAACAUACUUCCAAAAUGAAGUGGAGUGUCCAAAAAUCCGUGCAUGCACAUCUUGUGGUGUGCUGAUUGAACACACUAAUGAAGGAUGUAAUAACAUGGAAUGCCCUGAAUGUGACAAUGAGUUUUGCUUUAUUUGUUUAAAACCUGAACAUGACUAUGAUAGCGAUCAGCCAUGUACACUGGCGCCAAGGCAAACUGAUUCUCAAUCACAGCAGUAACUGCCCUGGAAGAAUGGCUUCCAUUAAUUUAAAUAAUACACAAAUUCUUUUUUUAUUUAUUUGAAAAUUCUCUGGCAUGUUUAUCUAUUUGCAAAUAAAUAAAUAAAUAGAUUAAAUCUAUUAUUUCAACAUUUUGCAUUGCCACGCUGGUCCUUUAGGUAAAUCGGUCAGCCUUUUUCUUCAUAAUUAUGUCCUUAAUCGUCAGUGCUCUGGAGUACAUUCAGUUCGUCACAGAGUGACGCCUGAUGUCACCUGCUGGACAGCUGCAGAAUCACAACCAAAAUAAUCAUGUCCUGUUAGCAUGCUUAUACACUGUCUACAAAAAUAAAAAAUAAAAAAUAAAUAAAUAAAUAAAUAAAUAAAAAGAAAUGAUUACACUAGCUGU